AUGUGGGGAGAACCCAUUUUAUUAAAUCAAGACACGAGCAUUUUGUUCUUAGAUACAGAAGGACUUGGUAGCACGGAUCGGGAAGAAACGCAUGAUACGCGUAUUUUUGCUUUAGCAAUACUAUUAGCAUCAAACUUUGUAUACAAUAGUCGUGGAGUGAUUGAUAAUCAUGCGAUUGAAGACCUUUCACUUGUGGUUCAUUUAUCAAAACAUAUUCAGACCACAUCCUCCACUUUAAAGGACAUGGCAAAGAAUGGUAAACAGUUACAUGAAUUCUUUCCCACUUUUAUGUGGGUUGUACGUGAUUUUACACUUCAAUUGAUGGAUAAUGGCAAACCAAUCUCAUCAAAACAAUAUCUGGAAAGUGCUUUACAACCAACGGGAGGAUACAGCGAUGAUGCAGUCAAGAUCGACGAGAUUCGAGCGCUCUUGAGCGACUUUUUUCGACAUCGAGAUUGUGUCACGUUGGUACGACCUGUAAACGAUGAACAAAAGCUACGGAAUUUGCCUCAAGUGCCGUAUGAUGAGCUAAGAGAUGAGUUUCGAUUAAACUUCGAAGGUCUCUGCAAGAGGCUGUUUGACAAAGCAAAACCCAAGACAAUGUUUGGCAAAUCACUGAAUGGAGCUAUGUUUGUCAACUUGGCGGAAUCGUAUGUCGAGGCACUGAAUAGCGGUAAGGCGCCAGUGAUCUCCAGUGCCUGGAAUCGCGUCGUUCAGGUGCAAUGUUGUGAUGCACUGGAAGACGCUAUCAAUUGCUACAAAGCGGAGAUGGAUGCAAGAGUACGCAUCUAUGUGUCACCUGACCAAUUUGAGGGAGAUGCUAGAUUUGAAGUUACUGGUGACGAAAGAAGUGCCUCAAAUGCUGGACUUGAAGUGUUGGACAAUGACCAGAAAAGUAAAGCUGUGUUCGACGAAUACGGAAACCUGCAAACCGUGACAUUGCGACCAGAGUUGAAGAUGCAGGAUUUGAUGGACGAUGUAGAAAAUGCGACGGCGACGGAGCACGAGAUGAUUGAAAUCAUGGAAAAGGAUGGCGACGUACAAGCUGAGGCUGCUGCACAACGUGUGGAACGCACUCGACUGCCUUGCCCUGAAGAAAGACUUCUAAGUGUACAUCGUCUGUGUAAGAAAUUGGCCAAGAAGAAGUUGCGUGAGAUUGUCGAUGGCGCUGAUGCUGCAGCUGGUGGAGGCGAUGACUAUAUGGAUCAAUUUCGCGUAGCGGUAGCUGCUGUGUUCGAAUCGUAUUGUCAACAGAAUGCUGCAGCAUCAAUGUCAUAUUGCCGGCACUUGUUUACCGUAUUAAGUCGGCCAGAAACCGAGUAUCCGACCCAUUCCGAGCAACACAGCUCGCAAUCGGCCAUGGAGCUUUAUUGCGAAACACAGAACUUUUUGCAGAACGACCUGAGUGUGGUACAUAAGAGAUAUUUUGCUCGUGCUGUUGGCCCGUCAGCUGAUGCCGCGUACUGUGAGUUUGUCAGCCAGCACGUUCUCCUUCAGACAAUCCAACGCACGGAAAUGGCAAAUGCAGCACAUAUGGCAGAGAUUCGCGCACUGGAAAAGAAGAUGAACGAUUUGAGCGUAAAGGUAGCAGUGGCGCAAGGACAAGCAGGUGCAAUGCAGGAGCUUUCUACUCAGCAACAGCAGAAAUGCGAGCUGGGAGUAAAGGAGGCUGAGCAACGCUGUGCGGCCGAGCUCGCGGCACUUCGCUCUACGCUGGAGUUUAAGACCAAUGAACUGGAGCACAUUUUGAAUCAUAAUGCCACUAUGAAGCGCCUGGCAGAUACAGCACAGCAGGGCCAGUACCGUGCCACAGAGGUUGCAUCCUCUGCUUGUGCGCAAAUACUAUGCGGGUACCUUAUUAAGCAAUACAUGGCUCCAGGUGCUGGUGGAUCAGCCCGUGCUAAGUGGCAGCAGCGGUACUUUGUCCUACAAGGACCACAACUAAGCUUGUAUGACACUAAAGAGGACUACGAGCGUUGUCGCUCGGACAAUUUGCCCAUGGAUGUUACAGGUGCGAUCAUUGACGAUAAUAAUGCUGUUCCAGAAGCUUUCAGUGUCUCCUUUCGCGACAGAAAAUACCAUCCGUUGCAGCUUCACGCCAAGUCCCGCGAAAGGAAGCAGGAGUGGGUGAGCAGUCUGCGUGCUGCUGCUGGUGAUGGUGGUCGAGCUGCAGCACAGGGUGGUGCGGCUAGCCGUGUUUCCUCAAGCACGUCAAUUGAGUCUUCAGCCUACGACGAUACUAACCAUUUAACUUCAUCAGCAUACCGGGGAGGAAAAACGGCGCCUCCGAGCUAUGCAGAAUCGGCAUCUUCGGCCUAUCGAGUAGAAGAUGUAAGGGGAAAUGCUAAUGGAAGCGUUUCCUCGGACAUGUAUGAACCUACAGGUGGAGCUGGUGGUAGCCGAUACAUGCAAAUGUAG